AUGCGUUUGCUGCCGCGCGAUACCAACAUCUACUCUUUGGCCAGCGGCUUGUCCUUGGCCAUUGCCAACUACAAGCCCGUGCCUCAAUUGCCCACCAAUGGCACUACGGCAGCUGCCGCCUUGACGGCUCAGUUGGGCGGGGCCAGCGUUGCAGAACUUGGUGGUGCUGGCCGCUCCUUUCAAGUGCAGACCGGUGCGGGCAGCGGUGCAACAGGCGGCAGCGGCGGCGGCGGCGAUGCCAGACCCGUGGAGGAGUGGGGAGAGCCGUCGGUGCUGUACGUCGCUCAGCGCAAUGCGUCGUCCUCUGCAAAUAGCUUUGCAUCCAGCGGUCCCAAGAUCGGGCCUGGCAAUUGUCCCAUCCAAUCGGCCUACACGCCAAAGGGAGGCGAGGAUGCGUUGCCGCCUCCCGUCUUUGCUCCAUUCGAUCCGGUCAAGGCAAACGUGAUGAGGUACAGACAGCAAAAUGCUGUCAACAUGGGCGCCUGGUUCGUGCUCGAAGGUUGGAUGCAGUCCAACCUCUUCUCUUGCAGCACGGGCGGCAAGCAGGCAGAGUACGACGUGCUGGAUGGGUUCGGUCAGUCGGCCGCUGGUGUGCGAAAUGCGACGGCUUAUAUGGAGAGGCACUGGGUGAGUGUGUGUGAGCUGAGCACAUGAUGUUGAGCACAUGAUGUUGAGCACAUGAUGUUGAGCACAUGAUGUUGAGCACGUGAUGUUGAGGCGCGACUGUACCCCUUCCCCGGCAGGACACUUGGAUCACCGAGGACGACUUUGCCAAGCUUGCCGCUCAGGGAAUCAAUUCCAUUCGCCUCCCCAUCGGCUACUGGUCCGUCGGCCCGUACUUUACACGCAACAGCCCUUUUCUUGCGUACCAAGACGUGUACGCUCGAUCUUGGCGCUACGUCGCUCGUGCAAUCAAUUGGGCAGCCAAAUACGACAUGGGCGUUCUGGUGGAUCUGCAUGGAGCCUACGGAAGUCAGAAUGGUCAACCUCAUUCGGGACUUUCGGACGGUAACAUCGAGUUUUACAACGACUACAAUAUGGGUUUGACCACUGAUCUGCUGGUGUGGCUGGCCAAGGAGAUUUCGGACGUGACCAACGUGAUUGGUAUUCAAUUGCUCAACGAGCCUCAGGAUAGGCCCAACCUUUGGCCUUGGUACAGAAAGGCGAUGGACGCGAUGAGGGCUGCUUCUCCCGAAGCAAAGACGGUGCCAUUGUACUUUCACAAUGCCUUUAACCUGGACAAGGGAUCUCAAUUCACAGCAACGAGAAAGGACUUUGUGGUGCAGGAUCAUCACGCGUACUACGUCUACACCAGCUCCGACCAAUCCACCACCGCCAAGGGUCACACCAAAGCUCUCAACGGUGGCAUCACGACUUGGUUCAACAAGAACAGCGACAUUUCUCGUCGCAAUCUGAUUGUAGGGGAAUGGUCUUGCGCUCUAGCACCCAGCAGUCUAGCCAAGUCUUCCACGCCUCAGCAGGAUCAGACUGCCUUCUGCGAAGCUCAGCGGAAACUGUACACGGACGCUACGGCAGGUUGGGCCUUUUGGUCGUACAAGCUCGAAGGUUGCUCCAACAAUGGUGGUUGGUGCUUCCAGCAAGCGGCCAAACAGUACUUGCCUUCGACGUUUGAUCUGUGGAACUCGGCAAACGUGACCAAGAAUGUUUACGCUGCUAUUGCUUCUGCUGGAAAAAAGGAUCCGAGCAAAAAAGUCGCCGAUCUGCUCGCGACCAUUUCUGCGAUCCAGUUGCCAUCCGCUUCUUCUCUGAACCUCAAAAAGAUCGUCAGCGGCGGCGCGGACGACGAGUCGACGCCAGACGUCUUGAGCGCGAACGCGAGCGCGAGCGCCACCGCACCGUCCAGCGAGACUGCCCGCGUAGGAAUGGUCGUUCACAAGACGCGCAACGUGAGCGGCGGAUCCAUAGCAGCGCGCGCGGGCGCCAUGGUGCGCUCUUCUCAGCUCUCUUCUCGUCAAGCCGAAGCCGCCUCUGCCUCUGCCUCUGCCUCUACACCGAGCGAGCAAACGCUGGCCUCUAGAGCAGGCUUCUCCGACGGCUUCAAGACUGCCCGAUAUUUUGCUUCGAAUGCCAAUCUUUCCAAAUUGGGCUUUGCUCAGCAGUACAUGGAGGAUUCUUGGAGCGCUAGAUUGGCCCUGGGCAAAUUGAACUCGAACUCGGGCAAUGCGGCUAGCUACAAGAAGCAAUUCAAGGCUGGUCUUGCAGCUGCAGAAGGCGCCAUUCUCAAAGCCGUCCAGGCUGCCAAGUGA